GUUCCCACCUCUGAGUGUGGACAGUCCAUCCUGGCCACCUUCCACAGGAAACCUGACCUGAGGAUUCCGGAAGCAGGAAGACUGUCACCAAUGUCAGUUCAGAAUCCUGAGUGGUCCUUCCAGCAGGACAGUCCUAUCUUUAGGGAGCCAGAUCCUCCGGUCAGCUCAGACAGUGACUCAGGCCACCAGCUAGUGGAGGGCUAUGAGGGUACCUCUGUGCAGGCUCCUACAGGCUCAAGUUCAGGCCCACCUUGCCUGGAUAUCAACGAAGCCUCCAACCGGCCUGGGUUUCAGACCCUCCUGCAGCAGCUUCCUCCACAGGACAGUGAUGAGCGCUACUGUCUGGCCCUAGGGGAGGAAGAGCUGGCCCAGCUGCGACUCUUCUGUGCCCAGCGCAAGCGGGAAUCUCUGGGACAGGGCGUGGCCCGCCUGCUACCUCCCAAGCUUGAAGGGCACACCUGUGAGAAGUGCAAGAAGCUGCUGAAUCCAGGAGAGUAUGGAGUGUUUGCGGCCAGGGCUGGUGAGCGGUGCUGCUGGCACAGACCCUGUUUUGCUUGCCAGGCCUGUGGUCAGGCCCUGAUAAACCUCAUCUAUUUUUACCACGAUGGGCAUCUCUACUGUGGCCGCCAUCACGCAGAGCUGUUGCGACCUCGAUGUCCAGCUUGUGACCAGCUGAUCUUCUCCCAGCAUUGCACUGAGGCCGAGGGACGGCGCUGGCACAAGAACCACUUCUGCUGCCAAGACUGCGCCGGGCCUCUGAGUGCAGGUCGUUAUGCCCUGCCCGGGGGCAGCCCCUGCUGCCCCAGCUGCUUCGUGAGCCGCUACCAGAGCGCAGACUCUGACUCACAAGGGGCACUGGAAGGGCAAGCGCCCCUUGGGGAAACAGGACCCGAUCCAAGCGUCGGCUGGAACCGUGCCUCCUCGGAUGACAAGAUCAUCUUCCGAGCUGCGAUCUCCUCUACAGUCGCCAGCCCAACCCUGGAAACCCCGAGUCCGGCGUCCAAAGGGCUGGAUCAAGACCGCCCACAGACGCCCGGAAACCCCAAAGAGGACAGCCCCUGCCCCACCUGCUCCUCUUCCUCCGAGUCGGAACCCGAAGGGUUUUUCUUCGGCCAGCGCCUUCCAGGCCCCUGGAAGACCCCCGAAAACCUCCAGGCAGAUGGCAGAGACAUCUCCAGGAAGCACUGCAUCAUUUGUUAGUAGCGCUGCCCGGAGAUCAAGGUAGUGAGAUGGGGGACUGGAGAAGCGGGAUAACAAGACUGCUAUGCGUAAAAGGCCGGAGA